AAGAGGAUACAUUGUGUCUCUGUAAGCUGCAAUCCAGCACAACAUCUGGAAUGUUCUGCACACAUGUUGACAGAUGUUGUCUCACACAAUCAUCCAGCAUCCAGCUGCUUACUGCACAAAAGCACUCAGUGUUGCAAAGCAGUUCUUCUUCUGGAUGGAUGGAUGGAUGGAUGAAAGGAUGAUGGAUGAAAGGAUGAUGGAUGAAAGAAGGGAUGCUCCUUUUCUUCUUUGUGCAAGACGCGGGGGAGCCAGCAGCUGCAUGAUGGAGCAGCAAGUGAGAGGCCUGCAUGAAGCAGCUGUGGUGGGAAACAGUGCCACCAUCUCUCUUCUCAUUCAAGGCGGCUGUGCUUUGGACCUUCAGAACAAAAAUGGAAACACGGCGCUGCAUGAAGCGUCCUGGCACGGUUUCUACCAGUGUGUCAAACUGCUGCUCAAGGCUGGAGCGGAUGUAAACAUCAGCAACAAGGCGGGACACACGGCUCUUCAUCUGGCCUCUCAGAACGCUCACGCUCAGACUGCUCGCCUCCUGCUGGUCGCUGGCGCCAAAGCGGACAACAAGAACAAAGAGGGCGACACGUGUUUGCACGUGGCUGCUCGCUACAACAACACCACUCUGGUGAGAAUGCUGCUCAGAUCCAUGUGCUCUGUCGACCAGAGGAACCAGAAAGGUGAGACGGCGCUCCAUGUGGCUGCUGCGCUCAACCACAAGAAGACAGUCCAACUUUUAUUGCACGCCGGCUCAGCUGCAAACAUCACAAACAACGAGGGGAAGACAGCGUUGGACAAAGCCAGAGACAACAACCACAGACAUGUUGCAUGUUUGUUGGCCAGAGAUCCUCAAGUACAAAAGCACCUGCAAGGAAGGAGCGCCAAGGACAGAGCAGCUGAGCUCAGAACACUUCCAGUCGCCACAAAAGCUCUGCACUUGAAGAAGAAUCCAGUCAUUGAAGACAAGUUAUGGACAAAGUACAGAAACAUCUCUUACACGGUAUAUCGGGACAAGGACGGAAGCCUUCAACAGGCAGCUUGUGGAGGUUGUCCUUGUGGAGGUUGUCCUUGUGGAGGUUGUCCUUGUGGAGGUUGUCCUUGUGGGGGUUGUCCCUGCAGGACUCUGAUCAGGAAGCUGCAGCAGCAAGUCAAAGCCACUCAAGAAGAGAUGAGACUGCAAAUGUUUAGAAUGCAGAAGGUUGACAACAAGUUGUGUGAGAUGGACCUCAGGAACAAACAUCAGAUUUCGUCGCACAGAAAACAUGGAAGUUGUGUCAAGCAGGCGGGAACAAGGCGACACUUUAAGAGGCGGCGCGCGGCCCAGGUUGAAGUCGAAAGCCUGGGCUACAAGUUGCUGUCACCCUCUGUGGAGUCGGACAGUGAGCGGCAGUCCAUCCCCUUGCUGUCUGCAGGCUCCCCAGGCUCCCCAGGCUCCCCAGGCUCCUCAGGUUCCCCAGGAUUCCCAGGCUCCUCAGGCUCCCCAGGCUCCCCAGGCUCCUCAGGCUCCCCAGGCAGCAGAGCUUCUUUGGCCACGCAUGUCAACAUUUUUCCUGCCCCCUGCAGUCUGAACGCAGUCCUGCAGGAUUGGACUGGGAGUGAGGAGUACAAACUGUACUUGCAACUGAAAGAAAAUAGCUCACUUGAUGCGGACCAGAACACAGCCUUCUUGUCGCUGCCUGGUCGCCACGCUUUAGGAGUCCUUGUGGCUUCUGAUGACCCCGGCAGCCAGAGUCCAGGAUUGCGGGAUGGGGACACGCCGGUGCUACCCUGUGGCCAGGGUUUGGCAAACACCACUACCCGGUCUCAAGGAAAAACUGAAUGGCGUGAAGCCACGUGUGCCCGCAUGCAAGCCACACAGAACACAAGACUGGAGUUCUUCAUUGAGCCAACAUUCAGCCAGGAGAGAAACACCCUGCACGCCGUGGAGGUCACGCAACGUUUCUUUGAGACGGUGACUGUUCAGUUGGAGCGUUGGUAUGAGAGGAAGGUUCUGGAAGUGGAGCAGCAGACGAAGCUGAGAGUGCAGCAGGACAAACAGGAACUACUCCAACACAUCAACACCUUGGAGGAGGAGCUCCGGAGAAUGAAAAUGGACGAGAAGGCUGGGAAAACAUAAAUGAAAAUAAGGACCGUGUUCCUGAGCCAGUCUUGACAGGCUUCACCCACAUCUUAAGGAGUAACCAAAAAUAUUUGGCCUAAGCAGACCUCAACUUCCCAGUGUUUUGAGAUACGAUAAAACUAAAGCUUUUAAAUGAUCAGCGGCGAGCAUACAUUUGAGUCCUGAGCAUCUUCCCGCCAGUUGGUGUUACGAUUGUCAGGAUGAACCAAGGAAGAGUCGACCCGGAACAUCUGAUCUUACUUGCUAGCAUUAGCUUAUAUUUAGAGAUGGGUGUCAAUGGAGAUGGGUACUUUUUUUUGGUAGCGACCCAAUCCCAAUUCACCAAUUUGUGAAAAGUCCAACGGUACCGUAUUAUGGUACCUUGGCGACCACUCCAGCAGCACUGACACUACCUCCAAGUAAGGAUGACAUUUUCAAUGCCAACAAAGCAGUUGACUCAAAAAAAAGCUCCAAGUAAGGCUUCACUUUUCCAAAAAUGCACUAGCGGGAUGCUAAUACAACAACGGCUUUGCUACUGACACGCUACUGAUUAGCAUUAGCGACUUUACAUAGCAAUUUCAACACCUCCAAAUUUGGUAAUGAAAACUACAACUAAGAUGCACGUUACAAUCAAACCGCUGGUGCAUAAUAAGGACAAUAACACUUUUUAAGGAAAGAAAAAGACUAUUGGCAAAGACUGAAGUGACCAGCCAUCACACCAUAAAUGAUGCAGCAUCUAACGUCUUGGACUUGCAACUUUCUCUCAUACUUGCAAAUGAUACUCAGAAAUGUGGUAAUAAAACACGAUAUGACAACUUGACAACAGUUAACAGCUCAUUCUUUAUGUGUUGCAAUAAAAUAUUUAUUUUAUGAUCAUAAACCACAGAAAAUUAGCGGAAAUUGUUACUGUUGAGUACCGAAAUCGAUUCCCAGCUUCAGGUGCUGCGGUCCUACAUGUAGAGGAGCCAGGUGAGGUGGUUCGGGGAUCUGGUCAGGAUGCCACCCGGACGUCUCCCUAGGGAGGUGUUUAGGGCACGUCCCACCGGCAGGAGGCCACGGGGAAGACCCAGGACACGUUGGGAAGACUAUGUCUCCCAGCUGGUCUGGGAACGCCCUGGGAGGAGCUGGACGAAGUGGCUGUGGAGAGGGAAGUCUGGGCUUCUCUGCUGAGGCUGCUGCCCCCGCGACCCCACCUUAGAUAAGCGGAAGAUGGAUGGAUGGAUGGAUGGAUGGAACGAAGCUUGUCAGAGUAGGCUUGGGAGAUCAGGGUGUAAACAAAUAGCAUGUAUCAAGUGAAGUGAGAAUCCAAUAAGUGGGUGAGUCCCUAGUGCCGAGUGAAGCGUCAGCCAUUGGCCAGAGUUCCUGAUGAGCCAGCCAUUGGUUGUGUAACCCAAUGAUCCUGGUGUGACAUCUGGCUUUUGGCCUCCGCAACCACAGCAGCACCAUCUGAAGGGAAAAUCAAAUCGAUGCUCCAUUGACUGUGUCAGCGCGCGAUGGAAACCUAAUUAAAGGCCCUCCAGGCAGAGCUGGUCAUUUUCUGCAGCCGAGCGCCACGGCCAUCAGAUCCACUACGGCCUUACUCCCAGGACCUGGGCACCCAUGCUGAGCUUUCACAAGUCAUUCUUUAUUCUAUCAAUCCAAUCUUUUGUUUACAAACUGGAAUCUGUGUUGUAAAGUAAAAAUAAAUGUGCUACAAUUUACUUGUCACAAACGCCCUCACUUUAAUGUGUGAUCCUAAUAUUCUAUUUAAA